GGGCAGGACGUGUGCAGGACGCAGUGCUCCGCGACGCAGCGACGCGCGGCCCACGUGACGCGGAGUGUGUGUGACAACGCAGUGGUGUGACAACGCAGUGACAACAAAGUGACAACGGUGUGACAACAAAGUGGCUUAGGGCGAUCGUCUUGGAUUAGAUCCCCGAAUGCUGCAUGCUUCCCGCCGCUGAGGACAGGUCACUAGGGCCUCUGGCGGGGCCUCUGGCGCUGGGCACGGCCAUCGGCACCGUGGCGGCCUUCGAGGCGCUCCCGCUGCCCCGGCAGGCCGGCCAGGGCGGCCCGGGGCAGGGCCAGGCGUCCUCGCAGUGCGCCGACGACAGCUCGCGUUCCUCCCUGUGCAGCGAGAGCCCGCCGCUGUCCCGGCACGGCAUGCUGGACCUGUCCCCCAACCCGUCCUCCAUGCUGUCCUUCCUCAACGCCGGCGCCGGCGGGGGCUUCCUGCUCGGCAACCCGCCCCUGGCCGCCCUGCACUCCAUGACGGAGAUGAAGAACGGGCCGCUGUACAGCCACCUCAGCCCCGGGUCCGGUAAGACGAGCCCCAACAGCUCCACGUCGUCGGGACACACCACGACCGGCGUCGUGGCCAACCCCCACGGCAUCGACCACAUCCUCAGCAGGCCGGCCGCGGUCACCGUCCCCGGAUCCUCCCCGCAGAGCAGAGGUUCGCUGCCGCGGGGCUUCAGCGUGUCCGCGGGCAUGGCAGCCGCCAACAUGGCAGCCAACAUGGCGGCGGCCAGCUACUUCCAGCAGCAGCAACAGCAGCAGCAACAGCAAGCCGCUGCGGCGGCAGCUGCAGCAGCGGCGGCCGCGGGCAAGCACCCCGGCGGGCCGCACCACCACGGCCACCCCGGCAGCCACCCGGGCCACCCCGGCCACCACCCCCACCAGCACGCGCUGGCGGACCUCACAACCCGCUCGGGCAUCUACUGGCCGGGGCUGCAGGGCCUCGUCAGCAACCCCCUCGUCUGGAGGGACAAGCUGAGCAACAUGUUCGGCAAUGUUUCAGUGGCUGGCGGCAAUGUGGGAGGCGUGGACAAGGACGGCAAGAAGAAGCACACGCGACCCACCUUCUCCGGGCAGCAGAUCUUCGCGCUGGAGAAGACCUUCGAGCAGACCAAGUACCUGGCGGGACCUGAGAGGGCCAAACUAGCCUACGCCCUGGGCAUGACGGAGUCACAAGUCAAGGUGUGGUUCCAGAACAGGCGGACCAAGUGGCGGAAGAAGCACGCGGCCGAGAUGGCGACGGCCAAGCGGAAGCACGAGGAGCAGGAGGCGGACGGCGAGGCGGGCGAGGACUCGGAGGGCGAGGACGGCGACCGCAACACGCAGGCGAGGAAGCUGCGCCGGGAGCUGGCGCGGCAGGCCGAGGAGCUGCACGGCCACUAAGCAGCCGGCAGUGACCGACACAUCUUCGGGUCUCCUUCCCCCCACCAGAGUUUUUGCUGUAAAAUACUGGCCUGGUACCCGCACUGCCGUGUUGGGAUGCCACCCGUUCAGCGACGAGUGUGUUCCGAAAACCAAAAUGAUUGCGUCCCAGUUUUGUUCGUUUCCGCGUUUCUGUAUUUUUACCAACUAGUCAAAAAGAAGAAGGAAAAAGAACUGUACUGUCUAACUUUCCGACAGGCUCGGAAAGUGCACACAUCUCUUUCGCUACCUUUAAAAGAAACUGUGGUCCUUUCUGUGAAUCGCAGCAGAGCGAAUGUCGACACACUUGUAGAACUGAAUGAGCAGCCAGAGUUUCACCUGUUCAAAAACUGCUGAAUUUAAAGUAGUGUCACUAGGGCGCAUAAAAUGUGUCCGGCAUGGCAGCACACUGUGUGCAAACUCGAUUCAACUGUUUUCUCGUGUGCAGUUCUUGUUGAUUUGUUAUAUUUUUUCUGUUUAUUUUAAUCGAAUAAGCCCUGCCACGAGGUUUGGUUUGCGCACUAUCUCAAGUUACCAAUUUAUUGCAUUCCUCGGGAUUGCACAAGGUGGACUACACGUUGUUUCGACUAGUCAUUCGAUCCAGUACUACUGCCUACUAAGUCUUUGUGAAAUGAGAGAAAAAAAUGACCCAAAACUUGUCUGUUUCUGUUGUAAAACUGAAUGCACACGGUAAUACUUAAAAAAGCUACUGUGAUACCAGACCGAAAUUCCGGAGAGCUCAUGGCAGGUAUUUCCGGGAAGCUGCUCAAGGCCGCGUUUCUCUGUGAUCGCGAUGAAUGUAGAAAAAAUUAAAAUACUGAUUUUAAAAGAAAAAACGUCGUACCAGGUUUCCUUGAGAAAUUUAAAAUUGUAAGAAGCCCCAGGUUAUGCGCGAAGGAGUGUUGACAACACAUAGAUGAAUUGUGAUCUUUCGGUGCACAACACUGAGGACUGCAUCUGGUAGGCCGAAUAGGAACGUUCAAUUUAUUUUACGAAACCGAUUUCUUACUUACGUAGCGUCUCGGCAUAGUUUCAUUUGCUGCUAUUAGUAAAACAACCUAGAUUUUACAUGUAAUAAUUAUUGUAACGAUAUUGUUGAGUUUACUUAUUUUAGACCGUUUGAGUGUUUAUGGCCGUGAUCUUAGUUUUAUUUGAAUUUCUCCUCAAUAAUUCGUUAUGUUCCAUCGGAACUGGGUAGUAGUUAAAUGUGAAAUGUAUGAAAAUCUCACCAAAGAAUAUUUCAUUAAGUUAUGUUUAAAUUUAAGAUGUACAUUUCAAACAUGUUGUAUUUCUGUGAAUAAACGCUUUGUAUAUAUAAAUUAUGCACAACGACUAUAUGUACAAGUGAAAAACUAAUAUAAAAUGUUAAAGUUAAUAUUAUUAUUAAUAAUCUGUAUUGCUCUGCUCAUGAUUGAGAGUUCUAUACGCAUUCCUUUGUUGUAGUUUGUUUGUUUUUUAUUUCCUCCGCACGACGACCGCGGGUACUUUUGUAAAAUA